GAGUUUUGGAGGAGAACACGCAACGGAACAUUUUUAUGAUACUUAAUUUAUUCGUAGGAGAUUUCGCCCGGGGUAGAGUUGCAAAGUGAUCCGAGGAGAAAUCGCUCGGUGUUUAGAACAAACGGUUUUGUUUUGAGAGCGGACGGGUUUGUUUGGGAAGGAGAAAAAUCGUCUGCUUUUAGAGUUCCCGCCGUAUCACGCAACAUAAGAAACUCCAUCAAGAUUGAUUAUCAAAGCGUACGAGGCCUGAAUCCAAAAGCUAGAGGAAAACAGAUAACGUGCUUAAAAUGUUGUUUGCUCCAAUGAUAAGCAUUAUAUAGAUCUUCCGUCCACUCAGUACUUUUCAGGAAACAACCGCCGCGAUGCCGUCUGCCCGCAAGAAAUGCAUCUGUCAGAUAUGUACCUGUGGGAAACACAUAUGCCCACAUAGGAAGAAGACUCAGAUAGUUAUAGGCAGCGAUGAGCAGUCAGCAUCAUCAGUGAAAACAACCGUCCGCCAAGAGACCAUAAAGCACAGGAGGCAAUGGGGUAAGCAAGAAAUCUCAUCAACAACUGACCAGCUAAACGCUCAAGCACUCCUAGCUGAGUCAGGUGACCUCGCAACAUCGGUAUGUGUAACAGAUAAGGGUAACAGGAAUGGAAUUAGUGGGAGCAAUGGAGCUGCCACUUGGACAGCAAAACAGAUUUCCAAAACUCAACCAAUCAAACGACCCGACAAUCUCAAACAAGAAGGAGCUGCCGAGUUCAUAACGACACACCAAGUGGACUACAACGAAAAAAGUGUAGAAUCUCAUGUCAGCAACUCAGUUAAUGCAUCUUCAGAGACGGUGCAGGCUGAAUCAUGGAAUAGACGGCAAAUUCCGAAGACCCAAAAGAUCAAAAGGGCCGACAAUCUGAAACUGUCUGGGUCGCAGGAGUUAGAAACAACUCAAAAGGCAACUUUUAAUGAAAGUGUAUUUAAAAGCAAGAUGCAGGAGCAAAGCGAGCAGUCUGAAACCUUUAAAAGACCCCGAACAUCCCUUAAGCUGAGUGGAGAAUUUCAGACGGAUAGUUCUUACCACGAGGCUUUUACGCCUAAGCAAGGGGAUGUUCCUUAUAAAGUCAAAAAAGGAACCUCAGUAAGUCAUUUAAAGUCUGAAGGGGAAAUGAUUUUUGAAACCACUUCCAAGGAUUAUAAUGCCGUCAGCACACAUCUAACCAGAACAUCAGAAAAUGCUGAAGGUGCUGCAGCUCUUAAAGCCAAGAAAGCCAGACCAGAAAGCGAAAUAAAAAUCCCAGCAGUUCCACUUUCGGAUGAAACAACAUUAGUUAGUGAUUAUAAAAUGUGGAAGGUUGAAAGACCCAUCAUUCACAAACCGAAAGAUACCCUCGAUUUAACUGACCCUGAAGUUGUAGAUUUGAAUAGAACAUUCAUUAAAGAAAGUUCCAGAACAGAAUCUUCCCAAAUGGAAACAUCCAUAAGUGAUUAUAAGAACUGGGAAGUGACUAGGCCUGUUAUACAUAAGCCUCAAGAUAAUUUAAAAUCAGAAGGCACCGCUGAGUUUGCGACAACCACUGAUACCGACUAUUCCUCUCGCCGGGACAUGACAAGCAAAAAAACUUCCAAUUUGGAAGUUGUAACAGAGCGCACAGAAACGGAAUCGAUUGCAACAUCCACUCAUGAAGAACAAACUACGGUAUUGCUUGCAAAGUCAGAAGUAGAAAUGGCUCCAGCAGAGCACGCACAUACAUCUGAAGUAACUGUGGCAGAAAAUUUGUCAGACAAUAAUAAGGUUAAUACCAGAACCCAGACAUCUGCACAAGCAGUGGAACAAACUACAAGAAGCGAUAUGCGCGUAGAACAAACAAAGCACACAGAAAACAUCGCUGAAACAUCAACAACACAAACUGAGCAGCGAACUCAUGAAGAAACCAGUGAAAUAGCAUCGCAAAGUGAAGAUCAAACACAAUAUUUGACAUGGGAUCAGAUACGACCGAAGCCAAUAAGACCACAUAGCAAUCUGCGACAAGAAGGAGGAAUGGAAUUCGAUACAACAAACAGGAGUGAAUUUGUUUCAAGAUCUGUUGAGAGGGUAAAAGGUGUGAGACCGAAAACGAACACAAAACUUUUCGAAGGUGAUUUCGAUUCGACGACUAUGAAUCAAGUAAUGUUUCCAACAACUCACGCAGAAAAAGUUACGCCUUUCCGUCCCAAAAGUAAUCUCCAUCUCGAAGAUGGAACUUUUGUAGACGAAACAACAUCAAAAAAAGAAUUUCAACAGUGGGAAAUUCAAAAACCUUCGCCAAUAAUACCAAAAUCGAAUCUUACCCAAGAAGGAACGAUGGAUUUCACGACGACAAAUACUUCCGAGUUUAGUGAAAAAAGAUCAGAACGAGUGCAGCCUAUCCAUCCUCCUGCAACUAAAGGCAUCGAGGGAGAAAUCGAUUUAACAACAACCAAUCGUGCCAUGCAUGGUGAAUAUCAAAUAGAGCGAGUGCAAAAGAUAGUGCCACAAUCGACUUUAAGAUUAAAUUCUGGAGUUUUUGAAGCUGAAACUACUAAUAAGUCACAAUUUCAAGAAUGGGGUAUUGAAAGACCCAAACCAAUUAAGCCUGUAUCUAAUCUCACACAGGAAGGUUCCAUGGAUUUCACAACAAUGAACAAGCUUCAAUUCGAAGAAAAACCAUUAGAAAGAGUUCAACAAUUCAGACCUCAGACAACAGCAAAAAUAACAGGAGAGUUCGAUGGAACAACAACUAAUCAAGUUAUGUUUACAGCUCAGACUUUAGAAAGGCCACAUGCGGUGAAGCCGAAAGGAAAUUUAGAACUCGAGAAAGGUACAUUUGCGUCAGAAACUACAAAUACUUCAGAAUUCAAACAAUGGCAACUAUCUAAACCAGAACCAGUAACACCAAGAGAUAACUUGCACCAAGAAGGAUCUGUCGAUUUUAUUACUACGAAUCGAACAGAAUUUGCAGCCAAAAAUAUAGAUUCAAUCUCUGAUAUAAGAGCAAACAUAGUGAAACCAAAAAGCAGUUUACACCAGGAAGGAUCUGUGGAUUACACAACCGUUAAUCGAUCAGAGUAUGCAGCGAAAAACAUCGAUUCAAUCUCUGAUAUAAGAGCAAACGUUGUCAAACCGAAAAGCAGUUUGCAUCAAGAAGGAUCAGUUGAUUAUACAACAGUUAACCAAUCAGAAUACGCAGCGAAAAAUAUACAUUCAAUUUCUGAUAUACGGGCAAAUAUCGUUAAGCCUAAGAGCAGUUUGCACCAGGAAGGAUCUGUUGAUUAUACAACAGUUAACAAAACAGAAUAUGGAAAUAAAAACGUCGAUUCUUUCACUGAAUUACGUGCUCAUGCAGUCAAACCGAAAGACAAUUUGGAACUUGAAAAGGGUAAAUUCGGUUCAGAAACAACAAAUCAUACAGAAUUCAAACAAUGGGAACUUUCUAAACCAGAAGUGGUCACACCAAGAGAUAAUUUACACCAAGAAGGAUCUGUUGAUUAUACGACUGUAAAUCGAACAGAAUACGCAGCUAAAAACGUCGAUUCAGUAUCAGAUUUAAGAGCAAAUAUAGUUCGGCCUAAAGGAAAUUUGAGACAGGAAGGUUCAGUUGAUUAUACAACUAUGAAUCAAACUGAAUUUUCACCUAAAAAUGUCAAUUCAGUCUCUGACUUACGAGCAAAUAUCGUCAAACCUAAAAGCAGUUUGCAUCAAGAAGGUUCUGUUGACUACACAACUAUGAAUCAGGCAGAAUUCGUACCAAAAAAUAUCGAUUCCGUUUCUGAUAUAAGAGCAAAUAUAGUUAGACCAAAAGGAAAUUUGAGACAGGAAGGUUCAGUUGAUUAUACAACUAUGAAUCAAACUGAAUUUUCACCUAAAAAUGUCAAUUCAGUCUCUGACUUACGAGCAAAUAUCGUCAAACCUAAAAGCAAUUUGCAUCAAGAAGGUUCUGUUGACUACACAACUAUGAAUCAGGCAGAAUUCGUACCAAAAAAUAUCGAUUCCGUUUCUGAUAUAAGAGCAAAUAUAGUUAGACCAAAAGGAAAUUUGAGACAGGAAGGUUCAGUUGAUUAUACAACUAUGAAUCAAACUGAAUUUUCACCUAAAAAUGUCAAUUCAGUCUCUGACUUACGAGCAAAUAUCGUCAAACCUAAAAGCAGUUUGCAUCAAGAAGGUUCUGUUGACUACACAACUAUGAAUCAGGCAGAAUUCGUACCAAAAAAUAUCGAUUCCGUUUCUGAUAUAAGAGCAAAUAUAGUUAGACCAAAAGGAAAUUUGAGACAGGAAGGUUCAGUUGAUUAUACAACUAUGAAUCAAACUGAAUUUUCACCUAAAAAUGUCAAUUCAGUCUCUGACUUACGGGCAAAUAUCGUCAAACCUAAAAGCAGUUUGCAUCAAGAAGGAUCAGUUGAUUACACAACUGUCAACCAAUCAGAGUACGCAGCUAAAAAUAUCGAUUCUAUGUCAGAUUUACGGGCAAAUAUCGUUAAACCAAAAAGCAGUUUGCACCAAGAAGGGUCCGUCGAUUACACGACAGUGAACCGAACAGAAUAUGGGAAUAAAAAUAUCGAUUCCUUCACAGAAUUACGUGCUCAUGCAGUCAAACCAAAAGGCAAUAUAGAACUUGAAAAAGGUACAUUUGCUUCAGAAACAACAAAUCAUACAGAAUUCAAACAAUGGCAGCUCUCUAAACCUGAAGUAGUGACACCAAGAGAUAAUUUACACCAAGAGGGAUCGGUUGAUUAUACAACUGUUAAUCGAACAGAAUAUGCAGCCAAAAACAUCGAUUCAGUAUCAGAUUUACGAGCAAAUAUAGUACGGCCUAAAGGCAAUUUGCGCCAAGAAGGUUCCGUUGAUUAUACAACAGUUAACAAAACAGAAUUCUCUCCUAAAAACAUCGAUUCAGUCUCAGAUUUACGAGCAAAUAUAGUAAGGCCAAAAGGAAAUUUGAGACAAGAAGGCUCUGUUGAUUAUACUACUAUGAAUCAAGCCGAAUUCGUACAAAAAAAUAUCGAUUCAGUUUCUGAUAUAAGAGCAAAUAUAGUUAGGCCAAAAGGAAAUUUGCGCCAAGAAGGUUCUGUUGAUUAUACAACUGUAAAUCAAACCGAAUUUGCUGCUAAAAAUAUCGAUUCAGUUUCAGAUUUAAGAGCAAAUAUAAUAAGGCCAAAAGGAAAUCUGCGUCAAGAAGGCUCUGUUGAUUAUACAACUGUGAAUCAAACUGAAUUCGCAGCUAAAAACAUAGAUUCAGUUUCAGAUUUACGAGCAAAUAUAGUCAGGCCAAAAGGAAACCUCCGUCAAGAAGGCUCUGUUGAUUAUACAACUGUGAAUCAAACUGAAUUCGCAGCUAAAAACAUAGAUUCAGUUUCAGAUUUACGAGCAAAUAUAGUCAGGCCAAAAGGAAAUCUCCGUCAAGAAGGCUCUGUUGAUUAUACAACUGUGAAUCAAACUGAAUUCGCAGCUAAAAGCAUAGAUUCAGUUUCAGAUUUACGAGCAAAUAUAGUCAGGCCAAAAGGAAAUUUGCGUCAAGAAGGCUCUGUUGAUUAUACAACUAUGAAUCAAACUGAAUUUGCAGCUAAAAGCAUAGAUUCAGUUUCAGAUUUACGAGCAAAUAUAGUCAGGCCAAAAGGAAAUUUGCGUCAAGAAGGCUCUGUUGAUUAUACAACUAUGAAUCAAACUGAAUUCGCUGCUAAAAGCAUAGAUUCAGUUUCAGAUUUACGAGCAAAUAUAAUUAGACCAAAAGGAAAUUUACGUCAAGAAGGAACUGUUGAUUACAGAACUGUUAAUCAAACAGAAUAUGCAGCCAAGAACAUUGAUUCAGUUUCAGACAUACGAGCAAACGUCGUCAAACCGAAAAGCAGUUUGCAUCAAGAAGGAUCAGUUGAUUAUACGACUGUGAAUCGAACAGAAUAUAGAAAUAAAAGCAUCGAUUCAUUUACAGAUUUACGUGCACAUGCAGUGAAACCGAAAGGUAAUAUAGAGCUAGAGAAAGGUACGUUUGCUUCAGAAACAACAAACCAUACAGAAUUCAAACAAUGGCAGCUUUCUAAACCUGAAGUAGUGACACCAAGAGAUAAUUUACACCAAGAGGGAUCUGUUGAUUAUACGACUGUUAAUCGAACAGAAUAUGCAGCUAAAAACAUCGAUUCAGUUUCAGAUUUACGGGCAAAUAUAGUAAGGCCUAAAGGUAAUUUGCGCCAAGAAGGCUCCGUUGAUUAUACAACAGUUAACAAAACAGAAUUCUCUCCUAAAAAUAUCGAUUCAGUGUCAGAUUUACGAGCAAAUAUAGUAAGACCUAAAGGUAAUUUGCGCCAAGAAGGAUCAGUUGAUUAUACAACAGUUAACCAAUCAGAGUACGCAGCUAAAAACAUCGAUUCUAUUUCUGAUAUACGGGCAAAUAUCGUUAAACCGAAGAGCAGUUUGCAUCAAGAAGGCUCCGUUGAUUAUACAACAGUUAACAAAACAGAAUAUGGAAAUAAAAACAUCGAUUCAUUUACAGAAUUACGUGCACAUGCAGUGAAGCCGAAAGGUAAUCUAGAGCUAGAGAAAGGUAAAUUCGCUUCGGAAACAACAAAUCAUUCAGAAUUUAAGCAAUGGCAACUUUCUAAACCAGAAGUAGUCACACCAAGAGAUAAUCUACACCAAGAAGGAUCUGUUGAAUAUACAACUGUAAAUCGAACAGAAUAUGCAGCUAAAAACGUAGAUUCAAUUUCUGAUAUACGUGCAAAUAUCGUUAGACCGAAAGGAAAUUUGAGACAGGAAGGUUCAGUUGAUUAUACAACUAUGAAUCAAACUGAAUUUUCACCUAAAAAUGUCAAUUCAGUCUCUGACUUACGGGCAAAUAUCGUCAAACCUAAAAGCAGUUUGCAUCAAGAAGGAUCUGUUGAUUAUACGACUGUCAACCAAGCAGAGUACGCAGCUAAAAACAUCGAAUCAAUAUCUGAUAUACGAGCGAACAUUGUUAAACCGAAAAGCAGUUUGCAUCAAGAAGGAACCGUUGAUUAUACGACUGUCAACCGAACAGAAUAUGGAAAUAAAAAAGUCGAUUCCUUCACUGAAUUACGUGCACAUGCAGUUAAACCGAAAGACAAUUUGGAACUUGAAAAGGGUAAAUUCGGUUCAGAAACAACAAAUCAUUCUGAAUUUCAAACGUGGCGACAAUCUAAGCCGGAACCAGUUACACCAAAAGACAAUUUGCAUCAAGAAGGAUCUGUUGAUUUUACAACAACAAAUCAAACAGAAUUUGGAGUGAAAAAUAUUGAACGUGUGACUCAAAUACGACCCAAAACCAAUUCUAAAAUCACUGGUAAAUUUGACGGAACAACAACCAAUCAAAUGAUGUUCCAAGAUUCUCCAAGAGAAAAGGUACAACCUUUUAAACCUCAAAAUAAUUUGAAAUUAGAAGAUGGCAGUUUCACAACUGAAACUACUAACAAACAUGAAUAUCAGCAAUGGCAAUAUUCCAAACCUUCUUUAAUAAAGCCUCAAAGUAAUAUGAAGCAAGAGGGAGAUAUGGAGUUUUCGACAACGAGCAACAGAGAAUUCCCAGGGAAGACAGCUGAAAAAAUUUCUCCAAUAAGACCGGUGACUUCUACAAAAUUAGCUGAAGGGGAAUUUGAGGGAACUACAACAAAUCAAGCCAUGUUCCAAAAUAAGCCAGCUGAGAGAGUGAAAGGUAAAAGACCACCAACUAAUCUUCAACUUGAGAAAGGAAAAUUUGCUGAUGAAACCACCACUCGUCGAGAAUUCCAGCCAAGGGAAACUCAGAGAUCUCAACCUAUCAAGCCAACUGGCAACCUCAUUCAAGAAGGCAAAAUGGAUUUUACAACCUCAAAUAAAGCUGACUUUGAGGCAAAGCCAAUUACAAUGACCGAAUCCUUCAAGCCACGUUACACCUCUUCGCCUGUAAAAGCAGAAUUUGAUGGUACAACUACUAAUAAGGCUAUGUUUAAAGCUCAAACUACUGAGAGAGUCCAUGAUAUAAGACCAAAGGAUAACUUACGAUUAGAAGGUGGUGAAUUUGCAGGUGAAACCACAAACUCGAAAGAAUAUAGUUAUAGAGCAGCUGAAAAAGUUGAGGUUGUAAAACCCAAAUCAAGUCUCAAACAAGAAGGGGAUAUAGAUUUUACUACAUCUAAUCAAAUGCAGUUUGAUAAAAAAGAAAUAAAUAAAGUUACCCCAGUUAGGCCUAAGACUCUGACAAAAGCAUCAGAUGGAAAAUUCUAUUCAACAACAACAAACCAAGCUUCGUUCCAAACUCCUACUAAGGAAACUUCUCGGGAAAUAAGACCAGCUGAUAAUUAUCAACUAAAUUCGUCUCUGAAACAAGAAGGAGACAUGCAGUUUGAAACAACCAGUAAAACAGAAUUUAAAGAAAAAAAUUUCGAAAGGGUGCAACAGGUUAGACCUAAAACGACAAAUAAGAUAGAAGGUGAAUUCGAGGGAACAACAACAAAUCAGGUCAUGUUCCACCAACAUGGAACUGUUGAAAGAGUCAAACCUAUUCGCCACGAGAAUAAUUUACAGUUGGAAGGCGGGAAAUUUGCAAAUGAAACGACAAACAAUAGAGAAUUCCGCCAGUGGGUGAAAAUGGAGACUAAAACACCCCAAAACAAAAUUAAAAAACCAGCCGCUGGCGUUCCUUCCCAGGUGGAGAAGUCUGAAGUGAAAAAAGAUUCAGGUACCCAAAAUAUUACUGCAAGCAAAGAAAAAAGCGAGUACGAAGCUUGGAAAUUGAGUAAAGAAUCGGUUGCAGCUAAUAUUAAGGAAAGUCACGUGGUAAAAAAUCAUUCACAAAGCUUAAAAGCAGAAAAUGAAACAGAAACUCAAACUCAGAAGGAACGAAUGAGUAGAAGUGAAGAUUCAACUCAAAUUGUAAAGACCAGAAUUAAUGGUGAUGCAUCAGAUAAAACGUUGCAAAAACAUGAAACGGAUUCUCGUUCCACACAAAUAGUUAUGAAAAGUAGUGAAGUAAAGCAGGCAACAAGAGAUGUUUCUGCUGUAACGGCAGAUUAUGGAACAAAACAGACACAGCAAAAAGUUAAAGCCAUUAUACCGGCUGGAAACCUAUCUAGUGAGGGAGAAAUGAGUUUCACUACGACAUCUAAAACAGAUUUCUCGCAACAAGCAGUCUCCAGGCAUAGAAGCGAGACCAGACAAACCACCGUCAAUGUUAAUGGAGCCGCUGGAAGUAAAACCACCCGAAGAUCAGGAGAAAAUGCCAAAAUGGCUAUAACAGGUGGAAAUUUGUUCAAUGGAGAUAUGAGUUUCGAGACUACAUCCAAAACAGAUUUCUCGCCAGUAAAAUCCGUCCAAACCAAAGUGGAAGCGAAGCAAACGAGCAGCAGCGUUAAAGAAACGUCAGUCGUUAACCAAUCUCAGAAAUCAAUGGAAAGAGAAAUGAUCAAGAAUUCCCAACUAUUCAGAAAAGAAUCUCCGUCAAAGAGUUCGAGUUCCCGAGAGGCUUCUCUGUCUCCGCAAAAGACUCCCACAAAAACGAAGCGAUAUAAACCCGAAGACAAUCUGAAGUUGGAACCAGUUCCUUUCGAUGCGACGACGACAACGAGAACCGAAUACAAAAAGUGGGAGGCAAAGCGGUCUUCUUCAAAGCGACGCACAGAGUCUCUGAAGCAGGAAGGAAGCAUGGCGUUCGAUACCACAUCCAAUGAUUAUUCAUUGGCUGCAUACCAGACAGCCAGGGCAGCUGUAAAAGCGAAAGGCAAAGCUGACCAAAAAGGAAGUCUGGUUCAAGAUGGUACAAUGGAAUUCCAAACCACAGCAAACUCUUCUUUCACAGGCAACUACGGUUCUGUUAAAGCAAAAAGCUUAAGACCGCGAUCCUCGUUCAAAUUGGGUUCUGAUGACCAAGCCAACGACUCUAUGUCAAGCAGCAGGUCCAAUCCGGAGAUAUCCACUGGUAAAAAUCAAGAGAUGUUAUCCACCUCCCGCGCUUCCUAUGUCAGCCAUACCACCUCCAGGAGAUCAGUGGCUAACCGACCACCAACCAAUCAAAAGAUCGGAGAAGGGUCAUUUGAAGGUCAGAGCACAACAAGAAGCACAUUUAAGUCGUAUCAAGGCAACGUUGAGAAACCUCGACCAAUAAAACAUGAAAGUCACAACAUUUUCAAUACUGAAAACGGAUUUUUGGGAUCAACUACUUACAGGACCACUUUCGAGACAGAGAAGAUACACCAGCACCACUGUCCAGUUCUUGACCUACAAGCUUCGAAAGGACAGUUCUCAUUUAAUGAAGAGAAAAAUGGGCACAUGUUUUAUGUCCCAAAGCCUCAGGCUUAGCAGAUUCUGCUUUGUGGGAGGUAACACUUUGCUACUAAUGAACACAAUAAUAUGAUUAAAAUGAACAUAAUCUGUGAUUAACAGGAACAUAACAUUUGAAAAUGUAUAAUGUGGUUUGAUCGAUGUAAAAGUAUUUUUCGGUGACUAUAGCUUCAGAAAAAUACUUUCUGAAAGAAAAAAAAAUCAUCUUAACUCAUUAACGUAUAUAUCAUCUCCAUCAAGGCAAUAAUUUUUCCGAUUGAAAUCAACUAUAAUGUGUUCCAUCAUAUUGCAAAGGAUGCCAAGUCAAAAAUUAAGAUUGUUCACAAAGUAAACAAUACUAUGAAAGGAUUGUAAGAACAAUUUCUUUUGUUUUGGGGGGGGGGCAACCAAAUUGGCGACAAAUCCAAGGGACACAUUAAAGCAGAUUUCGAUCAAUUUUUUUUGUUUGCUUUUAACAAAAGCUAUGCACAUGUUUUUUAUACCCAAUUUAACACAAAAAAAGAUGAUGUAAUAUAACUGCUUUUAGAGAAUUUUGCAAUUGCUUUUUUUUUAUUUUCUAAUAUGAAUUGUUCAGAAUAUAAUGCUUAAACAUGCUAGUUAUGAAUGCUUUGUUUUGCCAAUUGUUUUUUAAAAAUUUGGAACAUAUUGAAAAAAAUUUUUUUUCAAUAUUCAUCUUAUUAUUUAAUAAAUAACUUUUAUACUAAUUUUUUUAUUUAAUUGCCUUUAAAUAAUCUGAAAGAUUUUUAAAUAAAUUUAUUUGCACAGAAAGAGGCAGCAUGAUUUUUUAAAAACAUACAGCACUGUUAUUUCUUUUAAAUUUAUUAUUAUUAAUUUGCUCACCUUCCUCCACUUAUUUUAUUAUUGGUUUAUGAUUUUAAAAUUUGAAGUAAAUGUAAUUAUUUAACUUUAAACAUGCACCACUUUUCUAUUUAUUUCUUUAAAAUGCACCAAUCGAUUCAACUAGAACACGAAAUUAAUAAUUUUACUGUUUCUAUCAAAUAUAUUUCAAAACAAAAUUAUCAUGUAAAUAACAGAGAAAAAGAAGAAAGCUAUUUGUUGUAAAUUAAUUUACAACAAGUUAUGCUUUCAGAACAGUUAAAAGGUAUAAAAAGAUCAUUGGGUAAAUGAAAAAGAAGAAUUGUAAGAACAAAGAAACUGGCAACACGAACUUAAUGCUGUCUCUUAAUCUUUGCACUCAUGUGAAGAGAAAAUUGAGACAAAUAUAUAAAUGAAGCAGAAAAAAAAAAAAAAAGUGUUCAUCAAAAAAUAUUUACUUUUUAAAUUUUUUAUUUAAUCUAGGUGUAAUUUUAUUUUGCUUUCGAUGUGAAAAACUAUCAGCAUAUUUUAUUCAUGUACUCAGGAAUUGAAAAAAUUUCAGUGAAGAAUAAGUAGAAAAAUUGAACUCAGAAUCGAGAAUUAUACAAUUAGUCUCGCAUCAAUUUUUAAUAUCUAUACUUAUUGUAUUCUACAAUUUUUUAUGAUUUAUGGAAGCAAUUGUAUGAAAACUAU